UUUGAAAGCGUGAUACGAAAGGAAUUACGAUGAUCUAUAUUAGGCAAGCAGUAAAGCUUGUUUUACCAAGGGAAUACGUAUCAAGAUCGAGGAACAAAAGACAUGUAGCUGCUAAGUAUCUCCCUAGAAAGGCCCCAUUAAAUCCUGAACAUAACAUCGUAAGAUUCUGCGACAUUGCCCUUAAAGCAGUUGUCAAGGGGAAGAAGUACUACGACAUUGAAAGAAUAGAAGCUAUUCAAUCCUUCGAUGGAUCAGACGUAGCUAGCUUUCAACUAAAGCCCAAUGCUGCAGUGAGACUUAGAUGCUCCAUUUAUGAUUAUGAUGAUGAUGA